AGUCGACGGAGAAGCCUCACCGCGCAACAUCAGCUGGUUUAUUUAUGUAUCUAUUACCUCUCCCUUUAUCGCUGCUUACGCACUUCACCGUCAGUCGAGAGAGACACACAAAACCCCGCUUGCACAAGGCGGUCUCUGCAAACAGAGGAACAGCAUACCGCUGCAAUAUUUUUCGUGGGAGAACCUCUCACGUUAUGAUUAGAUAGACUCCUGCUUUACCGUAAUUUCUUCAUAUGCAUAGCAUACAUAUAUUAUUUGGUUUUACUUCCGUCACACACAUACACAUACAAACCAACAGGAGACAGAAAACAUGUCGGACAACGUGAGAGACACCGCUUUCGAUGCUCCUCCAGCAGCAGCAGGAGCAGCGGCACCGCCACCGGAGCAGACGACGCCGCUGUCCAGUGCCACGAAAGAUUACCUCGACAACGAUGCGACGAGGCCUUUUGAGGGACUCCAACCCGAUGACACUUCAACCGUGGCUGUUGCAGCAGCAGCAACAGCGGCGGAUGACAACGAUGCUGCUGCUGCUGCUGCUGCUGCUGACAUGGCAUUCGUGCCUGUGCCUCCGGCCGAGCCGCGUGCGCAGAGUCGCCGACCAGUGGAGGGGCACGGCCUGACGGACCGCGCCGCUGUUCCGCCCGGCUCGCAGCAUCCUGUGGUGGACGAGCAACAAGCCGGACACCGCAUCCCUGAAGCGGCCAAUGCAGCCGGCGCGGAGGACGCAGGACAGGCAGGCGCGGCAGCCAACGACGACAGCGCAUUUCCAUCGCCAACGAUGGAGGACGAAGAGGAGGGCGACAGAUCACCCACCUGCUUUGAAAUCGGCGAGAUCGUGACUCAGGCGGACGCACAUGCCGCCAGAGAUGCAGCUACACCUCUGGUAAACAAUACUACUACUACUACUACUAAUAACAAUACUACGGAGACGGCGAUGACAGGGAUUGACAUGGGCGCGAUGGAAAUCGACAUCGAGUCCGCCACCGCACCAGCGCCGACGACCCCAGAGGACACGGCCGCUGUUCCGCAACCACGCAGAGACGAACUGUGCGCCUCCUCUCCGCUGGCCUUCCCUGAAGAAAGCGCCGUCCCUGCCGUCGUUCCUCCCUCGGUUGGCGUUGCGGGGGUGCCAGCGUCGGAGGAGCAGCUUAAACAAGACACGGAUGCAACUGCCUCUCCGGUGGAAGCGCUUCCCCCAAUCACCAGAGUAGCAGCAGCAGCGGCAGCAGAUGGACAGGCGUGGGUGGUUGACUUCGGCACCGGCAGGCCAAAGCCAAAGCGCAAGAUGACGAAGAGGGAAAAGGAUGCCAUUAGAGAAUCCCGCCUGCGCAGUCAACUUGGUCCUGCGACGGCGGUGACGUCGACACGAAAAGCAUCGACCACGGCGGCUAGCGGUCUCGGCGCGGAUGGCGAAGGCAACGUAGUGACAGUGGUGCCCGCUGCCGCUGCUGUAGCUGGCGGGCUUCAGGUGGUGCAUCUGGACGGCCUCGCAGACCGCGCCGCGCUGAUCCCCACCGACCUCACCACCACCCGUGAUGAUCUUGCGCAACGCCUAGUCCUGCGACUGCCACGCCUGCUGUGCGUCAACAAGCAGUACCCGCGUGGGUGCGGCAUCGCCUCCCUCACGUCUGUGUACAACUACCUGUACAGCUGGCUGGGGGAGAACGCGGUGGGCGCGCCGUGGGCCCCGCACUCGCAGGAGGAGAUGAUGUCGAUUCUUGGCUUUGAGCCGCCGUUUGGCGAGAUCGCCUGGGGGCCUUUUACGGGCAAUGCCACCCUCAUCCGCUGGUUUCACGCGCUGAACCGCCACUUUGGGCACCGCGGGCGGGCGUACAUCCUCUAUAAAGUGCAUGGGCACGGCAAGACGACACACCUUUACCCGGACAAUGCGGCGGCGCUCGCGGCGGUGAAGGCAGCCCUCCGCGAUCCGCACUGCGCGUUGGUCUAUCACUGCCACAACCACUACAUGGUGCCCAUCGGCUAUCAGGAUAUCCCACACGCGCAGACAGAUUUCCUGCAGCCAGACGUGCCGGAGACAAGCUGCGACACGACGAUCUUUAUCGGCGAAGUCAGCCGCGGCCGUCACGAGGCGAUGUACGCGCGCAAGUGGGCGGAGGUGGUGAAGGACCUGGAGUGUAAGUCGCCGUUUUACUUCAACAUCCGCCAUCCCGAGCAGGGCGUGCAGAGACGCGAGCCAAAGAAGAAAAAGGCGGCGGAGAACGUUGAUUCGUCCGUUGCGCCGCCACCAGCACUCCGACCAACGCCGCCUCAAAGCAGGGAUGCCGUGGGAGGAGGGCCGGCGGGUCCCGCGGUGCAGGUGGGGCCGAUACCGACCUCAAUAAGCGAUGCAGGGGUGUGCGCAUCUGCGCAGCAGCAACAGCAGCAGCAGGCGGCAGCGAGUGUGGAAGGCGGCAGCGGCGAUGCGGUGCUGGUAAAAGCUGGACAAUAUGAAGACGGAGAAGAAAUAGCGGAGGGACAGGGACGUGCCCAUGCACUCGUUGCUUGUGUGAGGGAGGAGUCAAGUGUCGAAGCAGCGCGCAGCGCGGAGGGGGCGACGGCGCCGGACACUGUACAGACAAGUCCCAUGCCUGGCGUCCACGCGGUGACCGAGUCGUUGACAUCUUCUUCGUCGUACGCCGUUUUAGAGAAGGAACACGUUGAAGCAGAUGAUGUAGUGGAUGCCGUUGCGAACGGCGUGCUCGCGGAAGAAGACCCAGCAGCGGAGAGGACGGGCCCGCAGAGCAGUGAUGACGCAGGGCCUGCCGAACCGCCAGCGAGUCCGGCCACCUACGCGGAGGCAUCCGACGCUGCGGCUGCACAGCACGCCAUACCACCGCCUUCUCCUUCUUCUCUCUCCUGUGCGGCAGAUGCAUCGCCACGUGCAGACACCCGUGUUGGGCCGUCUGGCAAGCUCACCGAGCCGUCGGCAGUCGCCAAGCCGAAGAAAGAGCGGGGGAACCUACAUUGCUUGAUUAUCUUCCGCAAUGAUCAGGCGGAGGAACACCUGGAGCGCUACGAGGAUGCUGUGGCGGAGGAGCCGACGGCGGCAGCCAAGACGGCAGAUUCUUCCUCGGCGUCCAGCAGCGAUGGUAGCACCAGCAGUGACGAAGAUGCGGGGUAG